UAAGGCAUCGGGAACAGGAAGAGCAGCUUUCUGUGCCCAGUAACCCUCGUAUCCCCCCGCCUCCUGGUCUCCUCGCCGGCGAAGCCAGCUCGCAGCUGCUGCUCCCCGGGAAUUCAUCAUGAAGGAGGCGACGAGAAAGAGCCCAGGAAACAACCGCUACUUCGGGCCUUUAGCUCUUUCUUUGUGGCCCGGAACCGUUGGGUUGAGGUUACAAACUCCCCCUGUGAACUGUGAGGAUUGGUGGUGACUCGAGGCUUGUAACAAAAGUUUCUUCUAACCAACUCCUAGUUUGAAGGUGACGCGGAGAGACAGAGGGGAAAGGAAAUUGGCCCUGAGAGCAAGGAAUAGCUCAUCUUCUUCUAUAUAUGCUGCCAUUUGCCAUGAAGAGAAAACAGAAGAGAUUUUUGCAAAUGACGUUGUUGUUCAUGGUGGCUUUAAUUUUCCUGCCUAAUAUUGGUCUGUGGUCUUUGUACAAGGAUAAACACCUGGUGAAAUCCCCAGAGCCAGGAGAGCAGCAGACAUUUCCACUGGGCCUGGGAGAUGGACAGCUCUAUACCUGGACAGAUGGCUUGAAAAGAAAGGACUGGCAUAACUAUGAAAGUAUUCAGAAAGAUGCUAUGCGUACAGGGAAAGGUGAGCAUGGAAAGCCAUAUCCUCUAACGGAGGAUGACCGAGAUGAUUCUGCUUAUAGGGAGAAUGGCUUCAACAUACUUGUUAGUAACAACAUAGCCCUGGAACGAUCACUGCCAGACAUUAGACAUCCAAACUGUAAGCACAAGGUAUACUUGGAAAAGUUGCCAAAUACUAGCAUAAUUAUCCCAUUUCAUAACGAAGGAUGGACUUCACUCUUGAGAACCAUAUACAGCAUUAUCAACCGGACUCCAGACAUCCUUAUAGCUGAAAUCAUUCUUGUGGAUGACUUCAGUGACAGAGAACACUUGAAAGAGAAGUUGGAGGAGUACAUGGCCCGUUUUACCAAAGUGAGGAUUGUGCGCACCAAGAAACGAGAAGGGCUGAUUCGGACCAGAUUGCUAGGAGCCUCGAUGGCUAAAGGAGAAGUCUUGACAUUCCUGGAUUCCCAUUGUGAAGUCAAUGUGAAUUGGCUGCCUCCAUUGCUUAACCAGAUUGCACUAAACCACAAAACCAUUGUGUGUCCCAUGAUCGAUGUCAUUGACCACAAUCACUUUGGCUAUGAAGCACAGGCGGGGGAUGCCAUGCGAGGAGCCUUCGACUGGGAAAUGUACUACAAAAGAAUACCGAUUCCUCCAGAGCUCCAGAGGUCUGAUCCCAGUGACCCCUUUGAGUCUCCUGUUAUGGCUGGAGGUCUGUUUGCUGUUGACCGAGAGUGGUUUUGGGAGCUGGGUGGCUAUGAUCCAGGCUUAGAAAUAUGGGGAGGAGAGCAGUAUGAAAUCUCCUUUAAGGUUUGGAUGUGUGGCGGUGGCAUGUUUGAUGUUCCAUGUUCUAGAGUUGGACACAUUUACAGAAAGUAUGUCCCUUAUAAAGUUCCAUCUGGAACCAGCCUGGCACGAAACCUGAAGCGUGUGGCAGAGACAUGGAUGGAUGAGUUUGCAGAGUAUGUUUACCAGCGGCGGCCCGAGUACAGGCAUCUCUCAACAGGAGAUAUCUCAGCCCAAAAGGAGCUACGAAAGCACCUUAAGUGCAAGGACUUCAAGUGGUUCAUGGCUGCAGUGGCAUGGGAUGUCCCUAAAUAUUAUCCUCCUGUGGAGCCCUCACCUGCUGCCUGGGGGGAGAUUCGAAAUGUGGCAGCCAAUCUCUGUGUGGACAGUAAACAUGGGGCCACAGGGACGGAGCUGAGGCUAGAUGUUUGUGUGAAGGACGGCUCAGAACGGACGUGGUCACAUGAACAGCUCUUUACCUUUGGUUGGAGAGAAGACAUCCGCCCCGGGGAACCUCUUCACACCAGAAAAUUCUGCUUCGAUGCCGUUUCGCACAGUAGCCCUGUCACACUGUAUGACUGUCAUGGCAUGAAGGGUAACCAGCACUGGAGCCAUAGGAAGGACAAAACUAUGUUCCAUCCGGUAAGCAACAGCUGUAUAGAUUGCAACCCAGCUGAGAAGAAGAUUUUCAUGAACAGAUGUGAUCCUUUAUCUGAAACUCAGCAGUGGAUUUUUGAACAUAUUAAUAUGACUGUUUUAGAAAAAUUUAACGGCAAGGCCAGUUCCUAGGGAAAAAUACAGAUUACAUACAGAUUGCAAACUACAUUUUGGCCAGCAUCUGGG